AUGGGCAUCAACUGGUCUCUCGAGUGCUGCAACGACAAGCAACUGCUGUCCAUUUUCCUCAUCAUCUGCUACGCCGUCGUCAUCUUCAAAUUAUGGCGCGUGUCCAUCCUCCACCCGUUCAAGAUCCUGACCGUGUUUCUGCACGAAUUGGGACAUGCUACAGCUGCGUGGCUCACCUGUGGCAGUGUCAAAGGGAUGGAGGUGCAUCCGGAUGAAGGAGGUGUGACCAAGACUGUCGGUGGACUGCGGUGGGUCAUUCUGCCAGCGGGGUACUUGGGAUCAGCAAUGUGGGGCAUGGCGCUGACGAUCGCAAGUGCCGACAAAACGGCAUCAGAAGUGGCAGCAGGUGUCCUCAUUUUCUUCCUGCUGGUCUUCAUCGUGUACGCAAACAAUGGGUACCUGCGGAUUCUGAAUUUCUCCUUCAUCGUGCUACUUGCGGGCUUGUUGGCACUAAACAUUGGCACGACGUUCGACGCCUUGCAGUACGUGACGCUCUUCCUGGGCGUUAUGAGCUGUCUCUUUUCAGUGUAUGAUAUUUGGGACGACCUCAUCUCGCGCCGCGUGAACGAGAGCGACGCGUCGGUCUUCGCUAAAAUGACGCACACGUCAAGUCGUUGCUGGGGGCUUAUUUGGGGUCUCAUCGCGCUCGUCUCGCUUGUUGCUGCGGUGUACUUCAACUUGCUUGUUGCAGAGAGUUCGGGCGAGUCACUGACGACAAUCUCGGAUGCUUCCACGGGCACGAAAAUUGCGUUGGCUUUUGCUGUCGUAAUUGUGGUCCUCGCUGUAGUUCACACAGGCUUCACCCGGAGAUGUAUGUUGCGGAAGCGCGUGGGAUUCCGCAGCUACUUCUCGGUCGCAUAA